AUGGAUGAUUUAAAACUCUCCUAUGAGAUCGAUAAGCUGGAUGAUAUAGUAGAAGAAAGAACAAGGCUGAUAACGGUUCUAGGAAUUCAACCGUCAUCCCGGGAUAAUGUUAGCCUAAAGAAACAAUUAAGUAGGACGUUAGAUCAGCUUAAUGAGUCCUCAGAUGAUGACAAAGUUGCUGAUUCCUUUCAAAGGUAUGCCACACAAUACUCCGAGAUACUACAAAAGAUUACCGACAGCGGCAUAGAUACUUCACUGUAUGAAUUUCAAAUUCCAAUCAAACCGCAAUCUUCAAGCAGCAGCAGCAAUGGAUCUUUGUCCCGAGAUUUACCCAAGAAAGUGCGAUUCAAGGACGAGAAUUUAGUCACUUAUAGUGACGUAGAGCAAUUCAAGCCAUACCAUGAUGAUAUCUCGCUGGUACGAGAGAGCACUGAUACUCAAGAACAAGAUAGGAAAAACCUGAUGCCAGAGGUGGAACCUCCUUCGCAUAAUGUGAUAUCCCCAAGUUUGUCAAAUCAAGAGAUAUUUGUUCAGCAACAGCAACAGUUGCUUGAACAGGAUACAUACCUCAGCUCACUCUCCGAAUCAGUACAUAGAUCGCAUGCCAUCUCUUUAGAUAUCAACGAUGAGGUUGUUGAGCAAAAUGAUCACGUACUUCAAGAUUUGGAGAGCCUUGUGGAUAACAGUGGCAGAAACCUGGAUCGGGCUAAGAGAAGGCUGGAGACUUUUGAAAGGACCGCCAGGGAGAAUGGACCUUGUUUCAUCAUUGUUCUUCUAGUGAUUAUUCUUUUAAUUCUUUUGAUACUACUAUAA